UGAAAACAUUCCGUUGAAGUGAAAUUUUGUGUGCGAACGGAGAUAGUUUGCUAAAAAAAGACCAAAAAAGUUACAAUAUACUCGAUUAAUAAUUUGGUAGAUGCGAUUGAAAUGAAUUUAUAAACAUUCACCGCGGGCUUUUGGACAUCCGCUGUAAGAACAGAUGGAUAUCGCGUCUUAUUUUCAGGCCUUUGAGUCCAGCGUCCGCAGUUAUGUUGGUGAUGACCCUUUAGACCCAUGGGAUAAGUUUGUACAGUUUCUGGAGAGCAAGUUGUCGCUGGAGGAGAGGAAGGGUCUGUCUGUGGUGUUUGACCGCCUGGUUCAAACCUUCCUUCAUGAUGAACGAUACCACAAUGACCUGCGAUACGUCACCCACUGUAUCAAAUGUGCCAGUUUCUACAGCGAUCCGAUCGAGGUGUACAGUCACCUUCACAGUCAGGGUGUGGGGACGCAGGCCGCAGCACUCUAUAUGGAUUGGGCCCUUCAGUUUGAGAAGAAAGAACUGAUUCCGCAGGCCGAGGCGGUGUACCAGAGAGCCCUGGAGAACAAGGCCCAACCGCAGGACAACGUGCUUCAACAAUACAAGCUCUUCCAGAGUCGAAUGUCUGCGAACGCUCAGACGACAGUGCCAGAUCAUGUGCGUCAGCCGCUGCAGAACUCUCAGCUCGUCAAUCAGACGCAGAGACAGAGAGACGCCGUCCAGACUCCAUGCAAGGAGUCCGAAUGUGUCUCUCCGGCACCGAGAACAGUGCGCGUGAUCUCACGCUCAGAGAAUAACCCGAGCAGGGCGGCCGGCAGUAACGGUGCUGAGAGCGUGUCCAUGUAUUGUGUGAACGAGCUGCAGUGUGAGGGAUCAGAGUUGUCUUUUGAAGAGCUCAGAGCCAGACGAUACUUCGCUAAAUGCAGACAGCAAGAGGAACAGCGCAGACUGGCGGAGGAGCAGAGGAGACUGUGGGAGGAGGAAGAGGUGGUGAAGAAGAUGAAAAAACUCCUGGAAGAUCUGGAGAAGAAUGUGAUGGGGCAGCCAGCUGAAGAGAGGAAGGAACAAGCAACAGCGUUGUUCAGCAGGACUGUAACCUCAGAGCGGGCAUCAGGCCAUCAAACAGCACUGCAGCUCCGCACCGAACUAUCCGCAGGGUAUGCUGGGAAAUUAGACAGCUUGUCCUCAAGACAUGUGACUAAAGGGAGCCGUCCCCUCGUGGCGCAGAGCUCCCGGGCUGAAUGUGUGAGCGGUGUGAGAGAGAGUGGAGGUGUGAUGCAGACAUUCAGAGAGUCAGAAGAUGCUGAGAGCUCAUCCGUCCAUCAGAUCAGAGAUCGUGAUGUGUGUAAACAGUCGGAGGCAGAUGAUGAUGAUGAUGAUGGGAAUAAUGCAGAAACAUCAUGUGGAGGGUUCAAUCACUCUCAUGUUACUCCAAACACAUCUCUGGGUUUCAUGCACGCCACACCAUCCCGAGUUCUUCCUUCCCCCACUGUCAACACACGAGAAGCUUUGGGUGUGAUCAUGGACAUGUUUCAGGUGCCCACCCUCCUGCAGGAGAGCAUGUUUAACAGUAUGAUUCAGCCUGAGGACAGCUUUGAGAAGAGCUGCAGAAUCACUGGUGGAGCCUCGUGUGUUAAACCCAACACAACUCCAUUCAUGAUCUAUCAGGACACAGAUGAUCAGGUGAACGGAGGAUCUGCUCAGUCUGUGCUCGGAAAGAAACCAGCAGUGAGUCGAGGGCUCGCCAAGAUCUCCAAAACCAGCGAGACUCCGCUCAGCACCGAGUUCAUCACAGAUGAGAGCGCAGUGUGGGGGGCUCGUAACGUCUCGCUGGACCCGUGUCCCAACCACACGCGUGAUUUCGCUCUGUCUGCUCAUCUGGUGUCAACACCGCUGCAUCCUCGCGCUCCGCACUCGUGGGAUAUGGAGCAGACGCAAGAAGAAAGUGUGCAGGUCGGAGGUGUCGAGGGCUCUGAGGAUAACCAAUACGUACGGCCGCUCACUAAACUCAGUCCAAUCAUGGAGCAGAGUCCAUUAGAUGACAAGCCGUCAGAGAUGGUGGAGUGCAGCAUGCGGGCUCAGGGCACUAUCGUCGGCGAGGGCGUGUCUUUGGCUCAUCAUACUCAGGGUGCUUCUCUGACACAACACAAUCAUAGCACCAACAGCAGCAGACAUCCGUUGGGCACCCUGUCGUUCCCCGACCAGACCACGCUGCGGACGGACGACGACUCUGGGAAAUCCGUCAGCGCCAAACCCAGCUGGAGCAUCUACCAGAGCCCGGACAAAGAGCCGGGAGCAGAUCUCAUACCUUCUGAAGUUUCGGAGAGAGACGAGCAUCAAGACGCAGCUGAUGUUCUCCUGCCCAAGAGAUCCUUUCACAGGAGAAAGUCCGGGAAGAAACCACUGGAGAACCAGGACGUCCUCAUGAGUCCCAAAGCCUCACCGGGACUGUCCUGGUUACAGGUGGAUGCGUCUGUUCCCACGGCAGAAGUAGAUCUUGAUGUCAUGAUGAGUCCUGGCAGGACUGCAGGAGUACACCAGAACACUAGACCUAUGUGGACCAUCUACCAGAGUCCAGAGAAAGUCCCUGAACCAGACUUCCUGUGGGCGAAGAGCCCUGAGCCAAUGGCAGAGCAGGAUUCGGACGUGCUCUCGGCUCAAGAGGAAGUCCAGUUUCUGCUUCCGAAGAAAUCGUUCCAGCAGCGGAGGUCCGGAACGGAGGCUGUGCGCAUGUUGCACGAAUCUCUCCUGAGGAGUCCGAAGCCGGUCUGUGAACUAGCCCCGGAGGAGCCCAUGAGUCCAGCAGCAGGACGAGACCGCCUCUGGUCCGCCAGCCCACCUCGACCAACAGAGAUCGAUCUGGAUGUCAUGGGGAGCCCGCCGCAGUGCUCCGGGAAACACUCCGACAGGAGAGGAACUGCCUCGAUGAGCCCUGAGAGGAUGACUGUUAGUGCUGUGGAUGUUCCCAUGAGCCCCGAUGCGGUGGACACGCCCGCACCAGGUGGACUGCAGAUGGUGUCAGACCCCUGGGAUGAAGACCUGAUCGCUUCGCUGCUCUCCAACCUUCAACCUCCUCUGUCCUCACGUCCCAACCUCACCGUCUGGACCUGUCGUCUGCCCAGCAUCACGCCUAAAAUGACCGUCCAGAUCGCCGGACAGUCGCUGCGGGUGGAUUUUGUUCUGGGUCAGGGAGCUUUCGCUACUGUUUAUCAGGCCACAAACCUGAUGAGCUCACAGAAACUCAUCCUGAAGGUUCAGAAGCCAGCAAAUCCGUGGGAGUUUUAUAUUGACAGUCAGCUGAACGCCCGCCUGCAGCCGGCCGUGCGUCAUCUCUUUAACACAUUAUACUCGGCUCAUCUCUUCACCAACGGCAGCGUUCUGAUCGGAGAACUGCACAACUGCGGCACACUCUUGAGCGCAAUAAAUCUGUACAAGAGUCGAAGUGAGAAGGUGAUGCCGCAGCCGUUGGUCCUCUAUUUCACCGUCUGUAUUCUGCACAUGGUGGAGACGCUGCAUCAGGCCAACAUCAUACACGCCGACGUCAAACCGGAUAACUUUCUGCUGGGAGAGAGGUUUCUGGAGAACGAGUGUUUCGAUCUGGAGAACCUGGAGCACGGUUUGACUCUCCUUGAUCUGGGUCAGAGCAUCGACAUGACUCUCUUCCCAGCGGGCACAGCGUUUACUGCCAAAUGCAUGACGUCAGGCUUCCAGUGUGUGGAGAUGCUGAGCGGUCGACCGUGGAACUAUCAGACGGAUUACUUUGGCAUUGCGGGGACGGUCUAUUGUAUGAUAUUUGGGACGUACAUGCAAGUGAAGAAUGAAGGUGGAGUUUGGAAAACAAAUGGAACGUUCAAAAGAAAUGUUCACGCUGACCUCUGGCAGAAUUUCUUCCACAUGCUCCUGAACGUGCCCGACUGCGGAUCUUUACCGUGUCUGCGAACUCUCCGUCUGCAGCUGAAUGCAGUCCUGCAGGAGAAUUACAGCAGCAAACUGCGCAGCCUCAAGAACAGACUGGUGGUUCAGAUUCUGGAGUCCUCGCGUUCCUCGCGCAAAUGAAGAUGAAAAUUUUGUUUAAAACAGAUUUCUUUUAGUCGUUGUCUUGUGUGUUUUACUGCAGGAUUUUAUAUUGUGUAAAAAGAGUCAUUGAAGCCUUUUGUAAAUUGAAAUAAACCCUGGAUCAUCUCCA